AUGGAGAUGUCAGCACUCUUCACUGUGUACCUGCUGCUGGGGGCUUCCCUUGCCCUGACCCAGACCUUUAAAGGUUCUCACUCCUUGUGGUACUUCGACAUCACAGUGCCAAGACCUGGCCUAGAGGAGCCCCUCUACAUGACUAUUGGCUAUGUGGAUGACACAGAGUUAGUGCAUUUCACCACUGAGUCAGCAAAUCCUAGGUUUGAACCCCGGGUGCCCUGGAUGGAGCAUGUGGGACAGAAGUACUGGGAUGAUGAGACAUGUGUUGGCAUAUGUGAAGCACAUGAGAUUCAAGUGUACUUUCAAAAGCUGCGAGGCUACUACCACCAGAACCAGAACAGUUCUCACACCAUCCAAAGGAUGACCGGCUGCUACAUUGGAUCAGAUGGGCACCUGCUUCAUGCAUACCAUCAGUUUGGCUAUGAUGGGCAUGAUUACCUCACCCUGAACGAAGAUCUGAGUACCUGGACUGCAGCAGACAUGGCUGCUGAGAUCACCACUAAUGAGGCUGCAUUCUGGAGGGACUACUUGCAGGGCCUUUGUGUGGUGUCACUCCUUAACUUCCUGGAAAUGGGAAAUGAAACUCUACUGUGUGCAGAUCCCCCCAAAGUACAUGUGACUCAUCAUCCCAGACCUGAAGGAGAUGCCACCCUGAGGUGCUGGGCCCUGGGCUUCUACCCUUCAGAGAUAAUGCUGACCUGGCAGAGGAAUGGGGAAGGCCUGACCCAGGACAUGGAGCUUGUGGAGACCAGGCCUGCCACCUUCCAGAAGUGGGCAGCUGUGGUGGUGCCUUCUGGAGAAGAGCAGAAAUACGUGUGCCAUGUGCAGCAUGAGGGUCUGCCUGAGCUCAUCACCGUGAUAUGGAGCAGGCCUCUCCAGUCCUUCAUCCCAAUCAUAAUAGGUGCUGUUGGCCUUGUUCUCCUGGGAGCUUCAGUGGCUGCUGCUGUAAUGUGGAAGAAGAGCUCAGGAUUAUGUCAUAAUAUGUGGGAAUCUGUGUAAGAAAAUUGUGAACUAUGGAUGAAGCAGACAGAGUGAAGAAUGCUCUUCCCACAAAGUGGUCUUCUAAAAAGAAUUGCACAAACUAUGAUAAAUGAAUGUACUUCAAAGCAAGAGCAUGAGGAAAAUUCCCUGCCAUCUCCAAUUAUCUCUGUGGGAAAGGGAAAGGCCUGGGAGAAAUGGUCAUGGUCCCUUUCACAUGGUCAAAGAUGAUUAGACAAAACAUUAUGUGUAUUCCCUCACUGUAUUUGUAUGUAUUUAAGGUAACUGUAAACAUCCCAUCAUGUUUUGCUUGCUUUGAUAAUAAAAGCAAG